AUGGACCCUCCCCCGGGUCAUGGCCCUCCCCCAGUCAGAAGGGACCUGGAUGGGCUGGACCUCCAGCAGGUGCCUGUCCUCUCCCUGGACCAGAUCCGCUCCAUCCGGGCCAACAAUGACUAUGUGGAGCGCCCCGUAACCCUGGAUCAUGCCUCCCAGUCCGGCUUCUUCUACGCCCAUGAUGACCGCUACCCCAUCACCCACGGAUAUCCCCCUCAAGGUUACCCUCAUGGUUACCCUCAGGCGUACCAGUCCCAUGCCCCUCUCCCCCGGAGCCAGAGCCAGCAGCAACACGCCCACCUUGCCCAUCUUAGUCGCUCCAGUACUACCAGUUCAGCCAUGUCCCGGACCAGCGCUGCCUCCGACCAAAGACUCCUGGUGGGCCUGACGCCCUCCCACUCUGGCCUGGCCUCGGUGGUGCGCUCCCAGCCUAAAGGAGAACUCAAGACUGAGGCUUCUCUGGGUAAAGGCCUGGCGGAGGGAGAGGACCUGGGAUUGCACCUGUUUAUCUGUGAGCUCUGUGGGAGAUGUAAGUGUCAGGAGUGCUGCACCCCGCGAAGCCUGCCGUCCUGCUGGGCCUGUGGGCAGCGCUGCCUUUGCUCUGCUGAGAGUGCUGUGGAGUACGGCACCUGUCUGUGCUGCGUUAAGGGCCUGUUCUACCACUGCUCCGCUCAGGACGACGAGGACAACUGUGCUGACCGGCCCUGCGCCUGCACGCCCGCCCAUGCCUGUGCCCGCUGGGGCACCAUGGGCCUUCUGGCGCUGUGCCUGCCCUGUCUCUGCUGCUACCCCCCUGCCAGGCUGUGCCUCGCCCUGUGCCAGCGGGCCCACGACCGAGCCACCCGCCCUGGCUGCCGCUGCAGCAACACCAACACUGUGUGCCGCAAGAUCUCCGCCUCCAACCCCAAUCCCGGGCACACCCCCUUCUGCAGCAAGUCCCUGGAGAAGCCUGUAUGA